AUGACAUCGGUAUACAAGUCCGAUUUAAAGCAUAUAAGAAAGGCGCCCCCUCCUCCGGCAAAUCGGAGUGCUACUGAGGGUGGAUCUUUGGGGCUGGGGCUGGGGCUGGGUAUGGGUCAGAGUCUGGGUCUGGUAUCUGGGAAUAGGUAUAGUAAUGCAGCUCUCUUGAGCUCAAGUACUGGCGUACCUUCUGGUAACAGUACUGUUAUAGAUGUAGGCUCAAUGAGAAAUAAGAAGCAAAAAGGGUGGGUCCAUGUCAAAGACGAUGGGAUCUUUACGUCGUUGCGUUGGAGUAGAAGAUUCGUGGUGCUAAGCAACCAGAGUAUUAAUUUCUACAAGAAUGAACCAGUUCAACACAUUCAUCAUGCUAAUGCUCAGAUUGAUAAUCAGGUAGCCACUGGAGAUACUACUCCAGAUUUCUUGUAUCCAUUGAACCAGAUUGGCGCUAUAAACUUGAAGCCCAACUCGGGAAACACGAAGCAAUCUCAUACCUUGGAAAUAGUGCCCAAGGCAGGGGGGAAGACGAUUUUGAUCCUGGUCAAACAACAUAGUGACUUUUUGGAUUGGGUAGAUGCAUUCACUGCUAAGUGCCCGCUAAUAAACAUAGGAAGUAAUAGCGUAGCUGGAGUUUCUAACCCGAUAAAUUUUACACAUAAAGUUCAUGUCGGUUUUGACCCUGCCAGUGGGAACUUCACUGGAUUACCUGAAACAUGGAAGAGUAUGCUUCUGCAUUCAAAAAUUACCAAUGAAGACUGGCAGAAAAAUCCAGCAGCUGUGAUCGAGGUGUUAGAGUUUUAUCUGGAUCUCAAUGGUUCUCCUGCUAACCUGCCGUCAGUGAAUUCUGGAUCGGCCAGGUUGGAGGAAUGGACAAAGGUUCCUCAGAAAGGUACCAAGCAUAGUAACCGCGAGGUUGCAGAGAUUUCAAAUUCAGAAGUACAAGAAGGUUUAUACUCUCUGAAAAGCUCAUCGGCCCCUGAUCUAGUUCCAGUUAGAAGAGCACCACCGAUCCCAUCAAGUACUAUAAAAAGUAGCAAUAUCUACAAAAGUGUUAACAACUUCAAGAACGCCAGUAAUAAUGUACCAUUUAGUGGAGGGGUUGCUCGUCCUCAACUGAAACCUCAACUGAAACCUCCAUCAAUACCACCACAGCAUCAAUUGAAAUUGAAUUCCAAUUUUCAUAGCCAUUAUCCUACUCCUCCGCCUAGUGCAACUGUCAGUAACUACCCAAGUGGGGGGCCUGGUAUUCAUCCAAGUCCACCUCCUCGCUCGGCUUCUUCGACCAGUCCAUUUAAUGGGAUAUACAAUACCCCUCCACAUAGUGCACCGGCAGGAGGACCAAACUAUAGUUAUGUUCCAAAGGGAACGCAACAAAGUGGUUACAACAUUUCAAAUACAUUUAAAAUCUCUCAAUCUCAACCACAUUCACCUAUGAAAACCAAUUUUAAUUCAAAUGCAAGUCAUCAAUUAAAGGUUACACCUCAUCCACACAGUCAGCUGUCUCCAAAUCUUUUGCAGCAAGCACAGGUUCAAGUGCAUCAACAAAAACAGGCGCAGAACGAAUUAAACAAAUUAUCUUUGGAAGAUCUGCCGGAGGCUAAACCACUUGGUAAAAUCAAGGGUGUACCACCUCCAAAAACUGCCAAGCAGCUUCAAAAGGAAAGAGAAAAGUUGAAGGACUUGCAAGUAGUUUCUCACCUUAGAAGUAUUGUCAACCCAAGGGACCCUGCCCCCUACUAUAAGAUCAUUGAGAAGGCUGGUCAAGGUGCCUCUGGUGCCGUUUAUUUGGCAGAAAAUACUUCUACAAAUCUGAAAGUUGCCAUUAAACAAAUGGAUCUCAAUGUUCAGCCUUCCAAGGAAUCACUUGUCAAUGAAAUCUUGGUGAUGAAGGAUUCACAACAUAGAAAUAUAGUCAACUUCUUGGAUGCACAUCUUCGUGGAGAAAAUGAUUUGUGGGUAAUUAUGGAAUACAUGCAAGGUGGUUCAUUGACCGAGGUAAUCGAUAAUAACGAAGAAGUUAAAAUUUCAGAAAGACAGAUAUCCAUUAUUAUUUUCGAAACUUUAAAAGGUUUGCAAUUUUUGCAUAGAAAGAACAUUAUCCAUAGAGACAUUAAGAGUGACAAUGUAUUAUUGGACCAUUUAGGUAACGUUAAGAUAGCUGAUUUUGGAUACAGUGCAAAACUAACAGACCAGAGAAGUAAGAGAGCCACUAUGGCUGGUACGCCCUAUUGGAUGGCUCCUGAAAUUGUCAAACAAAAAGAGUAUGACGAGAAGGUAGACGUUUGGAGUACUGGUAUCAUGAUAAUUGAAAUGAUUGAAGGAGAACCACCAUAUUUGAAUGAGGAGCCUUUGAAAGCUCUUUAUUUAAUAGCUACAAAUGGUACACCAAAGUUACAAAAGCCAGAGGAACUAUCUGUUUCCAUCAAAAAGUUCUUGAGUAUAUGUCUAUGUGUUGAUGUUAGAUUCAGAGCACUGGUGGAUGAGUUAAUAGAACACACAUUCAUCAAGGAUAUGGGAGGACUGGUUGAAGAGUUGUGUCCAUUGUUGGAGUGGAAACGAGAAGAUAAUGAUAACGAAAGUGAAGAUAUUGAAGUUCUGAUCGAAGAGUAA